AUGUAUGUGUACUUUUUGCACAUUUUGCAGAAAAACGAUGAAUGCUUAAAAAAGGUGUGCGUAAUAAAUAAAAAUAAUGCUGUGAAAAGCGAAAAGAAGGAACGAACCAAUGAAAAAGUAAAAAUUUGCAAGCUAAAAAGCCAGUGUAGUGGUGUCAAAGGUGAAGAAAACGAAACGGGCGAACAGGGAGAAAAGAGUGAUAUGAAAAAGCAGGGCAAGAAAAGUGACAGCGCAAGCAGUGAAUCCGUCAAGGAAUCAUUCGAAGAAGAAUUCGAUGGGGAAGAUGAGGAUGUAGAUGGGGAAAUAGACAUAGACGCGGACUUGGACGUGGAUAUAGAACCCGAUUUAGAUGAAGACGAAGAGGAUGAAGAUGCGGGAGGUGACGACAAAGACGAAGCGUUUGCUGAUGCCAGGAAGUAUUUUAAAGAAGGACAAAAAUGUAUUACCCCCCCGAACGGUGAUGGCACAAGAGCUUUCUACGAAAGUCUACUGGAAGAAAAUCCCAAUUCAGUCAUUGCUAUAAAGUACUGCAUAGAACAUGGAGUUCUAAGUGGUACGAAACAUCACCAGACGAUAUAUAAAUAUAAUGUACUUAAAAAAAAUAACGCAUUUAGAAAUAACUUUGGAGGUUUAAGAGGUGAGUUUAUUAAGCUGUUGGAACAGCCUCCUAAAUCUGAAGAGGGUUCAUGUGAUGAUUCUGAUGAGGAGUUGAUAAAAAAGGAAAGUUUAAGCAAAUGA